AUGGGGUGGGAAAAACCUGCUGCUGACUGGCUGGAAAUGCAAAUGCUGGUUGGUGCCUUCAGUACAGACAAGUGGGGCUUCUGGUCCCACACAGUGGUUCUGCAUGGGAAGUCGGGAAUUGGAAAAUCAGCUCUGGCCAGGAGGAUCGUGCUGUCCUGGGUGCAAGGUCGACUCUUCCAGAAUAUGUUCUCCUACAUCUUCUUCCUCCCCAUUAGAGAGGUGCAGUGGAGGAAGGAGGCCAGCAUCUAGGACCUCAUCUCCAGGGAGUGGCCAGACUCCCAGGUUCCUGUGACGGAGAUCAUGUCCCAGCUGGAAAGGAUGCUGUUCAUCCUUGAUGGUUUUGACGACCUGGUCUCCAACAUCCACAGUGACACAAAGCUCUGCUAAGCCUGGGCUGAGCCCAUGGGCACCCUCACACACAGUCUGCUGAGGAAAGUCCUGCUCCCUGAGUCCUUCCUGACUGUCACAGUUUGAGACGUGGGUGUUGAGAGGCUCAAGGCGCAGGUGGUGUCCCCCCGUUACCUGCUUGUGAGAGGAAUCUCUGCAGAAAAAAGAAUCCACCUGCUCCUGGAGCACGGGACCAAGGAUCAUCAGAAGGCACAGGUGGUGCAUGCCAUGAUGCGCAACUGUGGGCUUUUCAACCAGUGUAAGGUCCCUGCCAUGGGUGUGCUGGUCUGCAUGGCUCUGAAGCUGCAGGACGUGGAGGGGAAGGUCACCUGCUUGUAUGCCGCCUUUGUGUUCCAUCAGCUCACCCUUCGAGACGUGGCCCAGUGCUGUCUUGACCUGGAAGAAAGGGCAAUCCUGAAGUGCCUGUGCCGCAUGGCUGUGGAAGGAGUGUGGAAUAUGAAGUCUGUGUUUGACAGCAACGACCUCCUGAUUCACGGACUCAGGGAGUCUGAGCUCCGUGCUCUGUUUGACAUGGACAUCCUUCUCCAGGAUGGCCACUGCGAGGAGGAGCACUUCACACUUUUCCACCUCAGCCUCCAGGACUUCUGCAUGGCCUUGUACUACAUGUUAGAGGUGCUGGACAUCGAGCCGGCACUCUAUUUUCUGUUCAUGGAGAAGGGGAAGAGGUCGAUGGAGCUGAAACAGGCGGGCUUCCACAGCCACCUGCUUUGGAUAAAACGUUUUUUGUUUGGCCUCAUGAACAAAGAUGUAAGGAAGCCGCUGGAGGUCCUGCUGGGCUGCCCUGUUCCCCUGGGGGUGAAGCAGAAGCUUCUGCACUGGGUGUCUCUAUUGGGUCAGCAGACCAAUGCCACUGCCCCAGCUGACACCCUGGAUGCCUUCCACUGCCUUUUUGAGACUCAAGACAAAGAGUUUGUUCGCUUGGCAUUGAACAGCUUCCAGGAAGUGUGGCUUCUGAUCUGUCAGAACAUGGACUUGAUGGCGUUUUCCUUCUGUCUCCAACCCUGUCUAAAUUUGUGGAAAAUUCAGGUGGAUGUCAAGAGGAUCUUCCCAAGGGAUGAGCUGGCUGAGGCAUGGCCUGUGGUUCCUCAGUGGAUGCGGGGUAAGACCCUUGUUGAGCAGUGAAAGAAUUGCUGCUCUGUGCUUGGCACCCACCCUCACCUGCAGCAGCUGGACCUGGGUAGCAGCAUCCUGACCGAAUGGGCCAUAAAGACCUUGUGUGCCAAGCUGAGGCCUCCCACCUGCAAGAUACAGAACCUGAAGUUGAGAAACACACAGAUGACCCGUGGUCUGCAGCUCCUCUGGAGAACCCUCAUAACCAACUGUAACUUAAGAUCCCUCAACUUGGGAAGCACCCACCUGAAGGAAGAGGAUGUCAGCAUGGCAUGUGAAGCCUUAAAACACCCCAAAUGUAUGUUGGAGUGUUUGAGGCUGGAUCAGUGUAAUCUGACUCAUGCCUGUUACCAGAAAAUCUCGCAGAUCACUACCACCUCCCCCAGCCUGAGCUCCCUGAGCCUGGCAGGAAAUGAGGUGACAGACGAGGAAGUGAAGGCUCUUGGUGAGGUCUUGAAGGUCUCCCAGUGUGCCCUGCAGAAGCUGACACUGCAGGACUGCAGCAUCACAGCCAAGGGCUGCCAGAGUCUGGCCUCAGCCCUCAUCCCCGACUACAGCUUAAUACACCCGUGCCUUUCCAACAACAACCUGGGGAAUGAAGGUGUGAGUCUGCUGUGUCGAUCACUGAGGCUUCCCCACUGUGGUCUGCAGAGGCUGAUGCUGAAUCACUGCAACCUGGACACAGCUGGCUGUGGCUUUCUCGCAUUUACGCUUCUGGGCAAUGCAUGGCUGAUGCACCUGAGCCUCAGCACCAACCCCUUGGAAGACAGUGGUGUAAAGCUUCUGUGCAAGGUCAUAAGAGGACCAUCUUAUCAUCUCCAGGACCUGGAGCUGGUCAGCUGCCAUCGCACUGCCACGUGCUGUGAGAGUCUGUCCUAUGUGAUUGCGAGGAGCAGAUACCUGAGGAGCCUGGAUCUUGCAAACAAUGCCAUGAGUGACGUCGGGGUCACUGCGCUGUGUGAGGGGCUGAAGCAAAGGAGAAGUGUUCUAAGGAGACUGGGGUUGAAGGUAUGCGGAUUGACUUCUGGUUGCCAUGAGGAACUCUCCUUGGCCCUUUCCUGCAACCAGAACCUGGCCAGCCUAAACCUGGUACAGAAUAACUUCAGUCCUACAGGAAUGAGGAAGCUGUGUUCAUCCUUUGUGUGUCCCAUGUCUAAUCUACAAAUAAUUGGGCUGUGGAAAUGGAAGUAUACUGUACAAAUCAGGAAGCUGCUGGAGGAAGUACAACUGCUCAAGCCCCGGAUGGUAAUUGAUGGUAGUUGGUAUGUUUUUCAUGAAGAUGACCAGUACUGGUGGAAAAAGUGA